CACACCGCAUUCCGCGUUCAACGCUCAACGCUAACGCAUUCACUCACUACUCACACACAAAUGUCUACCAUGUCUUACGAUCUCGCGUAUCCGCUUACGGAUGACGGUCCGCAGCCAGUCUCGCGCACUUAUCAAUAUCGCAAAGUGAUGAAACCGAUGCUCGAGCGCAAAAGACGCGCUCGCAUCAACCGCUGUCUCGACGAACUCAAGGAGCUCAUGGUCAGCGCUUUACAAUCGGAAGGCGAAAACGUCGCUAAACUGGAGAAAGCUGAUAUUUUGGAAUUAACUGUUCGUCAUCUUCACAAGCUUCGUCGUCAACAUCGGCUGUCGCUGAACCCAACAGUAGAUGCCGAUCGCUUCAGAGCUGGAUUUACCCACGCAGCCAAUGAAGUAUCCCGGUGCUUGGCUUCCAUUCCUGGAGUGGAUGUGAGGCUUGGCACACAGCUGAUGACUCACCUCGGCCACAAACUGAAUGACAUCCAGCGUGCUGCAGCCGGCACUGACACUCCACCAGCGAGCCCACCCAGCCCGGCUCUUUCCACCGUGUCUUCCUCAUCCGGCUAUGUGACACCAUCACCUCCAGCUUCACCAGUGCCAGUGCACACUGCCGUACCUUUGGACUGCUCCACAAACAGCAGUUUCCCGAAGAGCUCAUCAGUGUGGCGCCCGUGGUAAAAAGCGGUGCUCGGAGCGGGCGGACCCGGCUCCGCGGUCACAUCUGUUCCAGCACCGCUUGGAGCCGCACGCCCCCCCAAGUGUCCGCCCUCAUCCAUAAUUUAAGUUAACGUGUUAAAAAGAAAACUUUAGAUCUCACAACUUAAGUGUAGGUUUAAAAAACUUAGCUCGUAAGUUCAACUGAAAGCUUUAAUCAAUAUAGUUGUUAAGUAUAUUUGUGAUAUUAAAGAAUAAUAUUAUUGUAAAGAGAUGUAUCGAGCCUUGCCGACUAUGAGUGGGCUCGGAUUGUUAUUUUAUUAUCGUUAAAAAGAUUUUACAAUAAGUGGACGAUUACAAAAGAUUAAUUUAAUAAAAAAUAUUACCAUAAAACUUA